GACUAAUCUGAAGCAGCACUUUCCUCUUGUAUCACCCAGGGUGCCAGGAGGAUCAAGAAGUUUGAAAGUGUGUUUCUCUUUCUAUUUACUUUCCAUUUCACACAACUCAGCCUAACUUCCUUUUUCUCUCUCUUCUGUGGUUUUUUUUUCUUUUAAAUAUGAAAUAACUGGACAUAAAGAUCUCAGGUGGAUUAUCACAGUGCUUCUGGAAGAACUACCAAGCUUGCAAGAUUGGCUGCCCUGAUUAAGAAGAUAUGAAAGAAUACACACUCCUCCUCUUCUUGGCUUUGUGCUCUGCCAAGCCUCUCAUUGGUCCUUCAUAUUUUACACUAAAGAAUAUGAUGCUCCAAGAUAUGGAGGAAGAUGAUGAUGAUGAUGAUGAUGACAAUUCUCUAUUUCCCACCACUGAACCAAUUAUACCACUAAUUCCUUUUGAUCUCUUCCCAACAUGCCCCUUUGGAUGCCAGUGCUAUAUGAGAGUUGUCCACUGCUCUGACCUAGGUCUGACAUCAAUACCUCGCAACAUUCCACCAGAUACUCGUAUGAUUGACCUUCAAAACAACAAAAUCAGAGAGGUCAAGGAAAAUGAUCUCCGGGGACUCACAUCACUUUAUGCAUUGGCUUUGAACAACAAUAAAAUAUCCAAGAUCCAUCCAAAAGCCUUUCAACCAACGAAGAAGCUUCGACGACUGUAUUUGUCCCAUAAUCAGCUAACUGAGAUUCCAACAGAACUACCGAAGACUUUAGCAGAGCUCAGAAUCCAUGCUAAUAAGGUUAAGAAAAUCCACAAGGAUGCAUUUAAAGGAAUGAAGUCUCUACACGUUUUAGAAAUGAGUGCAAAUCCUCUUGACAAUGAAGGAAUAGAGCCAGGGGCUUUUGAAGGAGUAAAUAUCUAUCACAUAAGAAUUGCAGAAGCUAAAUUAACUUCAAUUCCUAAAGAUUUGCCCUCCAGCCUACUAGAACUUCAUUUAGAUGACAAUAAAAUUACAGCAAUUGAACUUGAAGAUUUUAACCGUUACAAAGAUCUUCAAAGGCUAGGCCUUGGGAACAAUAAAAUCAAAGAUGUGGAAAAUGGAAGUUUCGCCAACAUACCAAGUAUACGUGAAAUCCAUCUUGAAAAAAAUAAGCUCAAGAAAGUUCCUCCUGGAUUACCCGAACUGAAAUAUCUCCAGGUAGUCUUCCUUCAUUCCAAUCAUAUUGCAAAAUUGGGAGUGAAUGAUUUCUGUCCAACAGGAAGAAGAAAGAAGAAAGCAUUAUACAGUGGCAUAAGUCUCUUCAACAAUCCUGUGAAGUACUGGGAGGUUCAGCCUUCAACUUUCCGUUGCAUUUUGGCCAGAAACAGUGUGCAACUUGGAAAUUUCCUCAAGUGAUGCUGAAAGUUUGUAAUUUCAAAAAGCAGUUUGUCCAAAUCAGUUCUACAAUACUUGAAAUUUGCAGAAAAAAUGCCAAUUUUUACAUUAUUUGACCAGUUU